AUUGCCACACACAGCAGGGCAACACAACACAACACACCAGGAGCAUCCACACAGCAAACAUCCCAUCAGCUUUAGACAUUGAUUCUGACAGCAGCACCUGACCUGCGCAGCAUCAGCACCAGAAGAAGAAGAAGCUGAUCACUGAAAGCAGUAGCACAUCAUCAUCACAACAGUAGGAGGCGAGCAGAUCACAUCAUGCACUGGACUUUCCUCGCGUACAUACUUAGAUCUGUUUCCUAAACCACACGCACUGGGAAUGGACAGCUAUCUCUGAUCUCAGUCAGUAGAGCUUUUUCAGGACACACCGGACUGAUAAAAAAAAAAAGUUCUCUGUUAUUUAUAACGCAUUCAUUCCUUCACACUUGAAGGAAAGUGUUGCACGUGCGUUUUCAUUUCUGUAAACGCCUGUAGCUGUACAUUCAACUACUAAAACUAAAAGGCAUAUGCGUUUUAAAGUUGAAAUAAUAUCAGGAUAUACUUUGAUUUAAGAUUUUAGGAGUUAGUGUGUCACUUUAUGGUAAGUUUCCUAAACUGACAACGGACCCUAAUUAUUUGUCAGAAUUUACAUAUAGAGACAGUCAGAACUUUCAUUUAUCGGUGGAUAUGGUUAAAUGAUGAAGUUUUAAGGAAGUUCACUUUUAAAACAUUCGGAGCGCUUGAAACUUUUACGCGUAAAAGCGCACAGGACGCGCAAAGAAGGCGGCAGUCUACCAUCAUCAUCAUCAUCAACAUCAUCACCAACCCUGUAAAAGCAACGGUUCUCUCUUCUGAAAGCAGAAAACAAGACGUAGAAUGGCUGAUGAGCUUGUUUCCAUCACUAAUGGGAUUGUGCUGCUGUGAUUUGUCGGACCGGAGGGAAGGUUGAUCCACACACACUCGGUUGGUGCAGCAUCGCGGUGCGCGCUCGGGGAUGAUCAGGAUCUUCCCGGAUUUCAGUGUUCAGGUGACGGCGGCGGCGGCUGCAGGUCCGGGAGCCGGUGGAGGGAUGCCGGCUGCGUCCAGAGUCCCGGGAGCUACUAACGGGAAUCCGCAAAACGUCCAAGGCUUGACGUCUUACCAACAAAGCGAGCCAUACUGGGAGAGGUCUGCUAAUGCAAGCUCCUGCUCCGCCACUAGGCCCAAGACACUCCACCUUGGAGGGCAACAACAUACCUCAUCACCAUGGUUGCAGGCUCUAAGGAAGGAGAAGUCUCGUGACGCCGCUCGCUCGCGCCGGGGGAAGGAAAACUUCGAGUUCUACGAGCUGGCAAAGAUGCUUCCGCUCCCCGGCGCCAUCACCAGCCAGCUGGAUAAGGCCUCCAUCAUCCGCCUAACAAUCAGCUACCUUAAGAUGAGGGACUUCGCCAACCAGGGAGACCCGCCGUGGAACCUGCGCAUCGAAGGACCUCCGCCCAACACCUCAGUCAAAGCUAUCGGGUCCCAGCGGAGGCGGAGCCCCAGCAUUGUUGCCUCGGAGAUCUUUGAGCCUCACCUUGGCAGCCACAUUCUGCAGCUGUUUAGCAUGCAAGUAAAUGAAGGAUGA